AUGCCCUCCUCAAAGGAUAAAUACACCGACCCCGAGCUCCGAGAUGAGGUUAAGGAAGACAUCCAGCAAUCGGACAAGGGUGGUGCGCCGGGGCAGUGGUCUGCUCGCAAAGCUCAAAUGAUGGCCAAAGAGUACAAAAACCGGGGUGGUGGUUACAAGACAGACAAAAAAGACCAGGACGAGACCCAGAAGCAUCUGAGUAAAUGGACAGAGGAAGAAUGGCAGACAAAAGAGGGCAGCGGGCAGGCGAAGCAGGACGACGGCACCAGGAAGCGCUACCUUCCAAAGAAAGCUUGGGAGGAGAUGAGUGAGAAGGAGAAGGAAGAAACUGACCAGAAGAAGCAACAAGGAAGCAGGGAGGGCAAGCAGUUCGUGCAGAACACCCCACGUGCAAAAUCUGCUAGGCAGAAAGCCACUGAUGGGGAAGACGCCGCCCAUGAGAAGAGGGAGAAAGAAAAAGCGACGCAAGGAGAAGGCGGGCAGGAAAUGCAAAGUCGCUCGAAGCAGCAGUCCGACUCUGACUCUGAGAAGCCGGAGCACAGAAGCAAGCAAGGACGGACAUCUCAAAAGGCGGGUCAGAAACGCGAUCGGGGCCGAGACACGACCAACGAGGAAAUGACCAAGUCCCCGAUGAAGAAACUGAAGCAUCAGACCGAAACGUCAAAAUCCCAAUCCAACGGCCCGUCGGCCUCCAUGGAAGACAGGGCGAACGCGCCAGCUGAGCCCGCUUCGAAGUCGAGGCUGCCGGAAAAGGGGCAGACAGCCCAUUGGAAGGGGACAUCGGGCUGGACAAAAGGAAGCGUGGUGGAGGUGCUCAAGGCAAGCAAAAAGGUGCAUGGCAAGCAUGUCAACGCCACCGAAGCCGAUCCACGCAUCGUGCUGAAGAGCAACAGCAGCGGAAGGAUAUGUGUGCACAACCCAACCAAUGUGUACUUCGACUGA